GCUGCUCGGCAGAAUGGCCACGGAGGAGCGGCACCUCUCCUCCAGCUGUGGGUCGUUCAUCAAGACCGAGCCCUCAAGCCCAUCUUCCGGCAUCGACGCCAUCAGCCACCACAGCCCAAGCGGCUCCUCCGACGCCAGCGGUGGCUACGGGAUGGCCAUGGGGGGCCACCCCAAUGGCCUGGACUCGCCACCCAUGUUCAAUGGCACGGGCAUCGGCGGCGGGUCCUGCCGCAAGCGCUACGAUGACUGUGCCAGCGCCAUCAUGGAGGACUCGCCCACCAAGUGCGAGUACAUGCUCAACGCAAUCCCCAAGCGGCUGUGCCUGGUGUGCGGGGACAUUGCUUCGGGGUACCACUACGGUGUGGCUUCCUGUGAGGCAUGUAAAGCCUUCUUCAAGAGGACUAUUCAAGGGAACAUUGAGUACAGCUGCCCGGCCACCAAUGAGUGUGAGAUCACGAAACGGAGGCGCAAGUCCUGUCAGGCCUGUCGCUUCAUGAAAUGCCUCAAAGUGGGGAUGCUAAAAGAAGGUGUUCGUCUGGAUCGCGUCCGUGGAGGCCGUCAGAAGUACAAAAGGAGACUGGAUUCUGAGAGCAGCACUUACCUGAGCUUACAGAUCCCUCCCCCAGCUAAAAAGCCAUUGACUAAGAUCGUCUCCCACUUGCUGGUGGCUGAGCCAGAGAAGAUUUAUGCCAUGCCUGAUCCAACCAUGCCAGAGAGUGACAUCAAAGCCCUGACAACCCUCUGUGACCUGGCAGACAGGGAACUGGUGGUGAUCAUUGGCUGGGCAAAGCACAUCCCAGGGUUCUCCAACCUCUCGCUUGGAGACCAGAUGAGCCUUCUGCAGAGUGCCUGGAUGGAAAUUCUCAUCCUGGGCAUUGUGUACCGCUCCCUGCCAUACGAGGACAAGCUGGUCUAUGCUGAGGACUACAUAAUGGAUGAAGAGCACUCUCGUCUGACAGGGCUGCUGGAGCUCUACCUGGCCAUCCUACAGCUGGUGCGCCGCUAUAAGAAGCUCAAGGUGGAAAAGGAGGAGUUUGUCACACUCAAAGCUCUGGCCCUCGCCAACUCAGACUCCAUGCACAUAGAGGACAUGGAUGCAGUGCAGAAACUCCAGGACCUUCUCCACGAAGCCCUGCAGGACUACGAGCUGAGUCAGCGCAACGAGGAGCCCCGGCGAGCAGGCAAGCUGCUCCUGACCUUGCCCCUCCUGCGGCAGACGGCUGCUAAAGCUGUGCAGCACUUCUACAGCAUCAAACUGCAGGGCAAGGUUCCCAUGCAUAAACUCUUCCUAGAAAUGCUAGAGGCAAAGGUCUGACAGCCCCAGCACCAGCCGACAGUGGCCGGGGAACAAACUAGAAACAAAGAUGCAGACAACGGAGCAAUCCAAACAGCAGCAGCAGCCACCGCCGGCUUUUAUCUCCAAUCAUUUAUUAUGGAAGAAUUAUUUAAUGUCUAUCUGUCGGCGUGACUGCAGAAUCUUGUGUACAGGAGGGGGGAAACUUUUAAUCAGUCACCUGUUUCUCUUUUUUUCAUUGUUUUCUCUGUGGGAAAUACCAGAUUAUGCUCUUGCACUUGUUGAGGCAUCGUGGGGGCUCAGCCCCUCUGAUCAGUGAUGCUCUCAGCGCUGUCCAGGCUGCCUGCUCCCUAGCACCCUCUGCCAGUUCUGGAGGGGGAGUGGGGACAGAAGCAGGAAGAGAGGAAGAAUAGAGUCAAUAUAAACUUUAUCUGCUGGUGUUAUGAGGGGUCAAUUAGAAAGGGAAGCAGCCACGGUCCUUCUUUUUGUCAUCUUUCUUCCUCUUACCAUAGAGUAGAUGCUCCUUUGGAGAACAAUGCUGCUGGACCUCUCCUGAACAAAAAGGCUGCCUCCCAGACUCCUCUAACACUUGUACAUACAGAGGCCCCACUUCUUACUGGGAA